AUGACGAGCUGCUUCAUUAACACAACCCUCGCCGCUAUCCCCCGUUAUUUACCCAUUCGCCGAUCAUGCAACGUUGACGAUCCAUCUGAAGCCCUGCGUCUCUCACACCGCUACCUCCAGAAAAACGAACCUCUGAAGAACGAACUCUGGGACGCAAACACAUUACGGCAACGAUACGACCGCUAUGUCGUGGACCACACCAGACACAGCCACGGCCGGCGGCAAGCCCCAACCAUCCCCUCGAUAUACACGAUCGACACAUACAUCCACGUCGUCGCCGACUCAUCGACCGCAAACCCCCUUUCAGCAGACUACGUGACCGACACGAUGAUCCAGAACCAAUUCCGCUUCCUUAGCGCGGCGUACCGCAACUCCAGCAUCGGCUACCGACUGGCAGGCGUCGACCGCACCGUCAACGACACCUGGGCCGCCAACGGCGACGACCUGGCCAUGAAAAGCGCCCUGCGCCGCGGCACCUACUCCGCCCUCAACAUCUACUACCAGUCGCAGCUGCGCACCACGUCCGAGACCCCCGGCGUGCCUGCGGGCGCCCUGCUACUGGGGUUCUGCUCGCUCCCAGCUGCAGGCGUCACACGCUCCACCCCACCAGAUGCCUAUGUCGUCGACGGAUGUAAUAUCCUCAGCGGCACGAUGCCCGGUGGCAAGGUCGGCGGGUAUAAUCUCGGUGGCACGACGGCGCAUGAGGUCGGCCACUGGAAUGGGCUCUUGCAUACCUUCAGCGGGCACAGUUGUCGGCUCGACGACUUGGGAGACUAUGUGGCCGACACGCCGCAGCAGGCGACCAGUACAAGUGGCUGCCCAGCCUCGAAAGACACCUGCUCGGACAGCGGCGGCUACAGCGGCCCAGACGCCAUCCACAAUUUCAUGGACUACAGCAUGGAUGCGUGCUAUACAGGCUUCACGCCCGGCCAGGGGGCUAGGAUGCUCAAUAUUUGGCAGAUCUAUCGGGCGGGUCUUUGA